AUGGUACCUGAAAUCAGCGUCUCAAUCCACGACUCCUCAACGGCUCUACCUGCUUCAACUGAUUCGAUUUCCAUCGCGGCCUCUGCUUCUUUCUCUACACCUACACCCUCCACCUGCGGCAACGGAAUUCUUGAGCCGACGGAAGGUUGCGAUGACGGAAACACUUUCAACAAUGAUGGAUGCAGCUCCACGUGUACAGUUGAGGCCUACUGGACAUGCAGCAGCCAAGAAGGUGCAACCUCGGUGUGCAGCAUGCUAGUAAUCCCCAAGUGGACGGGGUUGUCAGUUCUGAGUGGGACAAACUAUGCGGGAAUGACAAACGAGCUUGCUGUCCUGGUUUCCUCCAACUUCCCUCUCAGGAUCGGGAGCAACUUCUCCAUCGUAGGCCUCAACGUCUCCAUUGAUGGCAACUCUCAAUUCGUCUCUGUGUCAGGCAAAGACAUCUCGCCGCAGGCCGUCUGGACCGCGAGCGAGGGGCGGCUGACCCUGUUUGUUACGAGCAAUGUCAAUGCUGUCUCCUUCACAGUGAAGGUACAGAACCCGUCCUACUCUCGAGACCCCAUCCUACUAGGAGCCGAGUGCUUCGGCUGCGUAAGCUUCGCUCCUUCCUACAUUGUCUACAAUGGCUCGCUUGGGAGCGGGCUGGCAACAACAUUGCUUCCUCCCAGCACCUGCGGGAAGAACGCCGAUGGAGUGGCUUUGUACGGCUCAUCAUGUCAGUACACGUGUUAUGGAGUCGUCUCGGGCGAGUUCUGCGUGUGCAUGUCUGGACAGUUCGGCCCGGGCUGCUCGCAGACGUUAGGGGCGCCGACUCAGAGCCUCACGAUGACGGUUUCGCCGGACCAGGAGACAUCGAUCCAGGGGUCAGGUGGGCUUUCUGUCAGUCUGCCAGCUGGGGCCCUAGCGAGCUCUCAGCCAAUCAGCGUUUCGGUGUAUAACGUCUCGAAUCUGGACCUGAGCAAAGGGAGUUCGCAGACGCUUGUCGCAGCUGGACCAGUCAUUGUCUUCUCUCCAGCUGGGCUCAAGUUUAACAAGUACAUCACCAUCAACAUUCCUUACGAACCCAGCCGGAUAACAGCUGGGCUGGAGCCGUACGUGUUCUACUACAAUGCGAUGGCGGCAGACCCAUGGGAGCGGCAGAUUUCGACGGCGAAACCAACGGCUUCUCCUCCUGUGCUCGAGGCUCAAAUCAACCACUUCUCUGGAUUUGUACCCCUCGGAGCCCCUCCUCCUCCCACCACAACGACAACGACGACUCCUGCUACAACAAGCCCUCCAUCCUCUCCUCCCGGGUCAGUCGUGAUCGGACAAUCGACAUCGCCGACAGCUCAGUCACCUUCGUCUUCCCCUGCUGAUUCAGCGUCUACACCCGUUCCAGAUUCUUCAGGUGGUGGGAGCUCGGUGGUUGCCAUCGCUGCUGGGGUAGCUGGAGCUGCCGGAGCGGCGGUCCUUGUGUGCUGCCUGCUCUGGCUGCUGAGGAAGAGAAAGACGAGGAGGGUUGACAAUGAUGCUGAGGAACUGCUCAUCAGACCUUAUCCUGGGGACGCGAGGCAGCCAAGCCAUGUGAUAGUUCCAAUAUCCGAUGAGGCGCAGCAGGAAGAGCAUCCCUUCGAGAGGAAAGAGGAAGGGGACUCAACAUCUGACUCGCGGCAGGCAUGGUGA